CCGUCACUUAUUACACACAGUAUUAACCAUGGCCGACUCUCUGACUGAAGAGCAAGUUUCCGAGUACAAGGAGGCCUUCUCCCUCUUUGACAAGGAUGGCGAUGGCCAGAUCACCACCAAGGAGCUGGGCACUGUCAUGCGCUCGCUCGGCCAGAACCCCUCCGAGUCUGAGCUCCAGGACAUGAUCAACGAGGUUGACGCUGACAACAACGGCACGAUCGACUUCCCCGAAUUCCUUACCAUGAUGGCUCGUAAGAUGAAGGACACCGACUCCGAGGAGGAGAUCCGCGAGGCAUUCAAGGUCUUCGACCGCGAUAACAACGGUUUCAUCUCCGCUGCGGAGCUCCGUCAUGUCAUGACUUCCAUCGGUGAGAAGCUCACCGACGACGAGGUCGAUGAGAUGAUCCGUGAGGCGGACCAGGACGGUGACGGCCGCAUUGACUACAAUGAGUUCGUCCAGCUCAUGAUGCAAAAAUAAUCGGCUUAUCAUGUUCAAUUUGUCUUGUGUUAGCGGAAAGGGUGGGAGCAAUGAAAUCUACUCCACUAGUCCCAUCUUUUAUCUCAAACCGUCUCUUGUAGUCUCAUCAUUUGGCUAUGAUUCAUACUUCCACUAACGGUCGAGCGCUUGCAUUAUCGUUGUUGAUUUUGAUGUUGCAGGGACGGUAGAGGCGACCAUAAGUCUAAACUGAUUGGAGCAAGCUGAGGCUGAAGGUAUCGGAUCAAGGGUACUGGAUUUUCCCGGGCGCUGCUGCUUAUCAUUCAUCAUGCCAUCAUUUCCUCUUUCCCCUUCCCCGUUGUCCAUAGGUCUUGUUUUCGAUUUGUGCCU